GAUGGAUUUACUGAGGCCGAGCUGAGCACCGUCAUGCAACCAUCCGCAUCAUCGUGGUCGCCGAGCGAAGAAUACGAUCAAAUGGAAAUUGGAUCUAUAGAUAUCGGCCCUCGAUAUGUCACAUUCAAAGGCAGGAUCGUGCACAUAUACGACCAGCCGAGAGUAUCGAACAAGGCAAAUGGAAUGGUGAAACCGCUAGAAUCUAAAGGCUGCUUGAAGCUGAUCGUUGCUGACGAUACCGGAGCCGUGACCGUCCGUCUAUGGUACGCUCAAGUCCGGUACAAUCCUCAUCUCGGACAGGUCGUCACUGUGUGGACGGUGCAUAUCUCGCAUGGCACGAAGUCGUAUCUUACUUCGAGGCCGGCCCCUUAUUUUACGUCCAUUUUCCCCGAGCGAGAGCGAUGUUGUCAUAUAAUCUUCCACGAAAGUACCGAAGACGACGGAAACUGCUACAGGCAUCCGUACGGGUGCAGUGGUACCGAGCUGGUACCUGGGCUUAUGACUCUCCGGGAGUUUACAAAUGGAGGGUAUGAUGUUGAAGAAGCGAAACUGCUAGUUUGCGUCAAGAGCAUUGGUGCGCGUACAACCCGAGGGAGCCGUGGGAAAUCCGGACGCUCAUACGAGAUGAUCAAUAUCCGGGUCUUCGAUGACACGGCCGAAGCAGUUCUCACGUUGUACGACAUUGUAUGCCAUUCAGCGUCGAACUGGCAACCAUCGCACACCAUACUGCUCAUCUCAGAGCCAAAAUGGAGUAUCGACAACAUCGCGAAACUUUCAGUCAAUGCAAAUACGAGAAUCGACGUGAACCCGCACAUGGCUGAUGCGCAGUGGCUGCGGGCAAUGGCCCAGAGGUUGACGAAGAGGGAGCAUGUCAACCCGCCGUUUCCGGUUGGAGUCUUCGACGUUGAAGCUGUAGAGACGGCUCCUGUCCGAAUGUUGUACACUCUGGCGGAAAUCGAUGAGUUUGCGCGAGGUAAUCCGAAAGAGCGAUUCAUGGGCUAUAUAAGUGUCGUCCUUACCGAGUUGAAGUUCGUCAUCAACUUCAAGCGAAAUAUGCUUAUGAGCACCGAGUGUUGCGGCAAUCCCAUCUAUGCGAAUUCUCUAACAGCCCAAUGCACACGCUGCGAGAAACAAGUCCCAUUACGCAUCAACCCCAGAAUCAUCGGCCCCGUCAUCGACGAGACGGGACAGGUAGCGAGCGGAAAGCUUAUCUUCUCGGACGAAGCAUGGCGACAGUUGCUGGGUCGGACGCCCGCGCAGCUGCUUCGUGAUGACGUCCAAGUGCUAUCUUUUAUGGAGCAGAGAAUGCUGUUCUUGCGUGUCACCAUGGGGUUCGCCUGGUGUGCAGAUGGGACAGCGCCGGGACCGGCGGAAGGGGAAAGAGUGACGCUGCCAUUUGAGCGGAAGAGGAAGAGGUUGGAUGUUUUUGGGGAGGCGGCGACGGGCAAAGGGAAGGGGAAGGGGAAGGAGAAGGAGAAGGGCAAGUCGGAUGAGAAAGAAGAUGCGAAGACGAGGCCUGGCGGUCAGAAGGAGAAGAGCGAAGAGAUGACGGGCGGGGUGGGUGAAGUGGGCCGGUUGUGUAUCUGGUGUGUUAAGAUGUGAGGGCAGCUCAAAGGGCGGAAAUGUGUUGUGUUAUGUGGAAUAGGGGAAUUAUAGACGAUGUCUGCG